AAAUCGCGUGGAUAGGUAUUAUUAUUAUUUAGUGGGCUAAGUAAGGAAUUAGCAGGAUCGAUUUCAGCUAAUUUACUUUAAAGAGUAACUGUUCAAUAGGCCCUCAUUGUUUAAUUGCUGAGUACUAUCGGUAGGUGUUCGGUGGACAUUUCUGACGAUGCAUUUUGUAGUAACGUUGAUAAAACAUCUUGAUUGAAUGAUAAGAAGAAAAACUACAGAAAUCUAAGCGGAUUAUGAUGGCCACCCCGGACGUUUUACAAACAACUUCAAGCAUGUCGGAAGAUUUCAGCGUAUGUUCACUCUGUCAGGAAACAUUUAAACGUCCAAAAAUGCUACGAUGUCUUCAUACAUUUUGCAACGAGUGUUUGAAUGAUUACAUUGGGCAAAAUCUGACGUCUUCGAAUUGUUUCCCCUGUCCAUCCUGUGACAUAGAUUCGGAAUUGCCCCAGCUUGCGGCUGAAGGGCGCUUUGCGGAUAACUUCAAGGACGACCAAUUUAUGGCGUCUUUCGUGGAGUUGAAGAAAGCCUUACAAGAUGGCAAGUGCUGUGACAUCUGCGUCCGAAGAAAUGAAGAUAUCGUAGCGAAAUCCUGGUGCUCUGAUUGCACGGACGCUCUGUGUGAGGCGUGUUCUCAGGUGCAUAUGCAUGUGAAGGUGACGUCAUCGCACUUAAUGACGUCAUUGGAAGAAAUGAAGAAACAGCCACUUGAUGUUAUUAUGAGAAAGAAGAGCAAAGUUAACUGCGAUAGGCACGGAGAAAAUAUAUCGUUAUUCUGUGUUGACUGUAAGGAUCCUCUGUGCGUACAAUGUUUGGCUGUGUCUCACAGACGCUGCGAAAAUGUCAUCACAGUAAAUGACGCUGUUGCUUCUAGGACUGACAUCGAUAAGAUUCUCGAAACACUUCGCUCGUUCCAAGUGUCAUUAGAUAACGUCGAUGGUCUAAGUGCUGUGGAAAAAGUACUAGAAGAUUCCAUUGAAAAUACUAAACAUGAAAUCACGUAUUUGAGCAACUCUUUGUGUGCUAAGAUACGAGACCAAGAGCAGUUUUUGUUAAAGAAACUGGAAAGCAAAUCAUCAGAGGCAAGACGUUUGUUAAAAGACAGAAUUGAACCAAGAAAACUUCAAACCAAAACGGCAAAAGCAGCGAGUCUAAGAAUGAAUAAUUUGUUGAAAUAUGGCAGCGAUGUCGAAGUUUUGAUGGCAUUUAACCAGAUAAAGAAACAAGUUGAUGAUUUUAAUUUGGACAUAGGAGAAACCAACCCGGAAAAACUAAGAGUAUGUGUUGAAUUUAUUCCGGAUGACACAAGUUUAACAUAUCUGGAUGAGAUGAAAAUGCUGGGUGAAUUGCGCAUUGAAACUGGUGCCGAUGAAGGGAUUUCCUCUUGGGGUGUAACGUGCACAUCGCUUGAAGAUAUUAUCGUAACCGACUGCCAUAAUAAGAGGAUACAAAAGUUUAACAAAGGCGGUGAACUUGUAGACCACAUUCAGUUAGAUGAUGAACCAAGAGAUAUUACAACAUGUGGACUUGGUGAUGAUGUCGCGGUUCCUUUGAUAGGACGCCUUAUCAUUUUCAUUGCUACUAGGAAAUCACUUGCCUUGAUUAAGCGAACCAAAACUGAGCGCCAAUACGACGGUAUUUCAUAUUCAACGAGGGAGAGCUACCUGGUGGUAAGCUGCAUGAGAGAAAAAUGUGUGGAUAUCAUUCAGCUGGAUGGAAGUAUCCUGAAAUCGUACAUGUAUGACAAAAUGAAUGAGUGUUUGUUCGAUCAACCGAGGUAUGUGUCGGCUGCAGUAGACGGCUCAAUCAUCGUGUCGGACACUGGAAGGCACUGCAUAACUUGCAUCAACCCCAGAGGCGAGGUGUUAUUCCGUUACGUGAGCAAGAAUGACUUACGAAAUCCACAGGGUGUAUGCGUUGAUAAAAUCGGAAACGUUUUCGUUGCUGACAAUUCGAACGACAGGAUCCAGUUGCUGACGAGUAACGGUACGUUUCAGCGGUAUGUUCUGGUUAAGGAUUCGGGACUCGAACGUCCCUGUGCUAUUAUAGUCAGUCAUACAAACAGAUUGAUUAUCGUGCAAAAUGAUGGAAUGGUUAAGGUAUAUACGUAUUGUUAAGAUUAAACUACAAAAGUCUUAAUGUAUUCAUUUGCAGCUGUGUACAUUUUCUUAAUUUCAUGAAAACGGUUUAACGUUUUUGAAACAUAAAUAUGAUAGAUAUAUUAUGAAAUUGUGUAUUUUUUGCCACGAAUGUGCUAGUAGUGAAUAUAUGUAUAGUAUAUUUAAUGUGUUAAGAUUUUUAUUGCUGAAUUUGUAACGUAUAUGUCUAUUAUGUAAUGAAUCCAUUUUUACCCAGCAGUGUAUAUGUGAAAUUUAACAAGAAAUUAUACAAGAGAUAACAUAUUUUUCCGAUUUUUUAGGGAUUGAAACGAAACAAUAAAGACAACGUCAUUAAAAUAUUUGCACAAAACAUCAUUGCAAUGAAGAUGUUUCACCAGUUGAGAAGAAUAUCUGUUUAUCGCAAUUAGUGUUCUGACACGUAUUGAUAUUGUAUUGUAGACACUCACGUUUGUUUACACUCAUAAGCUAAUACCAAUAUGCAGAAAAACAAAUGGAAUAAUUUCUAUUUUUUAAAGGAAAGUAUACAUUCUUAACUUCAUGUGAAGGUACAUUUAGGACUUUCCAAGAAAUAGUAUUAUUUAUUUUGUAUCUGGUUUACAAUAUACGUGUUUGUCAUCUUUAUUCGUGUGCGUGUGCAAAAAAGCAUUAAUAAUCAGAUGUACUUCGUAUAUGUGCCUUUAUC